AUGUUUAGGGCAUGGCCUGAGGGGUCUUUUUCGGAUAUAAAUACCCAUGGUUUUGUGAGAGAUGACAGUUCGGUCCUGACUUCUAUGGUGAACAGUGAUUCCGCUCUCGGCCGCUACCGUGCCCGCCACUGCCGCUGCCGCCAAAGCUGCCGCUUCCGCUGCCGCACUGCCGCUGCCGCCACUCCCGAAGCCGCCACUGCCGCCACUUCCGAAGCCGCUGCCACUGCCGCUGCCGCCACUUCCGAAGCCGCCACUGCCGCCAAAACUGCCGCUACCGCCUGUGCCGAAGCCGCUGCCACUGCCGCUGACGCCACUUCCGAAGCCGCUACCGCUGCCGCCACUGCCGCCAAAACUGCCGCUGCCGCCACUACCGCCUGUGCCGAAGCCGCUUCCACUUCCACUUGAACCUCCGUGACUGCCAC